UUAAUUAAAUCAUUCCUUUCUAGUGAUUUUCGUCUAGGGUGAAAUGUGUCAUGUGUCAUUUACUUGUCAUCGCUGUAAUGGAUGAAUCGACGUGUCCGAAAUGAAAUUAAAUUAACCAAUUUGUAAAUAAAAUCGCCCUUAUUUAAUUAAUGUACAAAUAGGAAACGCCGACUAUGGAGGAAGAGUUACUGAAUACAGGGGCGCGGAAAGGCGCCGUUUCGCAAGCAUUGACCCGUCUCGGACAGAUUUACCAAAGUACGUUGGAUAGAUGGACGCCGCACACGCGAUGUCGGUGGUUGGGAACACUGGCGCUUCUCUUGGGUUUCGGCCUUCGUAUUGUCACAAAACAGGGUUGGUAUAUCGUAACGUAUGCCUUGGGUAUAUACCACUUAAAUCUCUUCAUUGCAUUUUUAACACCCAAGAUCGAUCCAGCGAUGGAUUUUGAUGCUGAAGAAAACGGCCCCGAAUUGCCGACACGUGCGAACGAGGAGUUUCGACCGUUUAUUCGAAGAUUACCAGAAUUUAAAUUUUGGUAUUCUGUCACGAAAAGUACUCUUAUAGGUCUUGUUUGUACGUUCUUUGAGUUUUGUAAUAUACCAGUAUUCUGGCCGAUUUUAGUAAUGUAUUUCAUUACUCUGUUCUGUAUCACUAUGAAGAGACAGAUUAAGCACAUGAUUAAAUAUAGAUAUUUGCCUUUUACACACGGAAAACCAAAGUAUCAAGGACAUGAAGAACCGUCAGGGAAGGUUAUAAUUUCACCGAAAUGACGCGAAUGGACUGUACAUUUAGUGUAAAUGAAAAUUUUUUUCUCAGUAUUGAAGUGGUUUUGAUUUUUUUCAGUCAAAAGUGUCAUUUUUUAUAAUAAAUUGUUUGGUCAUGUGGAAUAUAACUAGGUUACUCAUUCAAACGUUGAAAUGUAAAAUUUGUACAUACGUUAUGUUUUUAUCGUACAAUAAAUCACAUAUAACACA